AUGUCUGGCUCCAUUUCGUACACUCUAAAUUCGGGCAACACCAUCCCCAAGGUUGGCUUGGGGGUCUACAAGACUUCUCCAGAAGUUGCAGAGAACAUUGUUUACGAGGCAUUGAAGGCCGGCUAUCGCCAUGUCGACUCCGCCGCUCUGUACAAGAACGAGAAGGAAGUCUGUGAAGGAAUCGCCAAAUGGCUUGCCGAGGACCCAGCAAACAAGCGUGAGGACCUCUUCUACACCACCAAGGUCUACGACGACCACCACGGCUACGAGCUCACCAAGAAAUCUGUUGCGGAGUCCUUGGAAAAAGCCGCAAAGAUCGGCUACAUCGACCUCGUGUUGAUGCACUCUCCGAAAUCCGACUACGAGAAGCGUCACGGGUCCUGGAAAGCUCUGCAAGAGGCCGUUGCCGAGGGCAAGGUCAAGAACAUCGGUGUGUCCAACUACGGUGUCAAGCACCUUAACGAGCUGCUCGCCUACAAGGAUUUGAAGAUCAAGCCGGCAGUAAACCAAAUUGAGGUCCACCCAUGGCUGAUGCGCUCGGAGUUGUGCAAGUACUGCCAUGAACAAGGAAUUUUGAUUGAAGCUUACUCGCCAUUGGCAAAGGCCCGCAAAUUCGACGACCCAGACUUGCAAACUCUUGCCUCCAAGCUCGGUAAGUCUGCCGGUCAGAUCUUGAUCGCAUGGUCCCUAGCCAAGGGCUAUGUCGUGCUUCCAAAGACAGAAACAAAGGCAAGACUGGUUCCUAACCUCGAGGUCUUCGACAUCAAGCUGUCUGAGGAAGAUCUGGCUCUCCUGGAGAAACCAAACGAGUACUUCACCACCGGAUGGGACCCAACCGUUUACCCCCUUGACGAUGAGAAAUAG